AUGCGCAGUGUGUCCCAGGCAGCGGCAACAGAAGGAAUGAUGGCGUCCUCGGCUGUCCGCCGCUCCUCACGCUGGAUUACAGUAAUUGUGUCCUCUGGACGUGUCAGGGCCGCCGGUGCUGCUGUCUGCUUCGGUCGUGGAGGUGUCCGCAGUGUCUCUACGCUGGGAGCGGAAAAACUAUGGCGGGGAGGAAGCUCGGUGUGUGUCGGAGCAGGGAAAGCGUUGACAUUGAGAGGGCUGUCAGGCAUCAAAUCACCCAAUGCUGUCUGCACACUGUCCUUCCACACAAGUGCCCCCGCCAGCAGCAAGCAGGACUACUACCAGAUCCUCGACGUGCCUCGCACCGCGACCCAGAAAGAGAUCAAGAAAGCCUACUACCAGCUGGCCAAAAAGUACCACCCUGACACCAACAAAGACGACCCACAAGCCAAGGAGAAAUUUGCUCAGCUGGCUGAAGCUUAUGAGGUCCUGAGUGAUGAAGGAAAGAGGAAGCAGUAUGAUGCAUAUGGCUCAACAGGCUUUGAUGCUGGUCAGGCUAGUGGAGGGCACCACUACUGGUCUGGACAGUCCAGCAGCGUGGACCCAGAGGAGCUCUUCCGUAAGAUCUUUGGGGAAUUCUCUGGAGGCCGUGGCUUUGGAGACUUCAGUGCCAUAUUUGAGCAGCCGCAGGAGUACAUCAUGGAGCUGACGUUCACUCAGGCAGCAAAGGGAGUCAACAAAGAGUUUUCUGUUAACAUAGAAGCAACCUGCCAGCGCUGUGAUGGUAAAGGUCACGAGCCAGGCACCAAAGUCCAGCACUGCCACCACUGCAACGGCUCCGGCAUGGAGACGGUGAAUACAGGACCGUUUGUGAUGCGCUCCACGUGUCGUCGCUGUGGAGGCAAAGGCACAGUCAUUUCAACACCCUGUCAGUCCUGCCGUGGGGUGGGGCAGACCAAGCAGAGGAAGAAUGUGAUGGUUCCUGUGCCUGCAGGGGUGGAGGAUGGCCAGACAGUCAGAAUGCCAGUCGGCAAGAAGGAGAUCUUCAUCACAUUCAGGGUCCAGAAAAGUCCCGUGUUCAGGAGGGACGGUGCAGACAUCCACUCUGAUCUUCUUGUCUCCGUGGCACAAGCUAUCCUGGGUGGCACGGCCAGGACACAGGGCCUUUAUGAAACACUAAACUUAUCAAUCCCUGCAGGCAUCCAGACAGAUCAGAGGAUCCGUUUGUCAGGGAAGGGGAUUGCUCGUAUCAGUGGCUACGGCUUCGGAGACCAUUAUGUACAUGUCAAAAUAAAAGUACCCAAGACACUGACAGACAGGCAAAGAGCUCUGCUAAUGAGCUAUGCUGAGGACGAGACAGACGUGGAGGGGACAGUGAACGGAGUCACUAACACCACCACAGGUGGGGGCAGCAGUGGUAAACGGUCUGAGGCAGGGCAAAGAGUGCAUAACAAGAACGACGGAGAGUUGAAACAAGAGGGGGGCUUCUUCUCCAAAUUAAAGAAAUUGUUUAGUUCUUCGUGACAGCCACAAGCCAGGUAAAAGGUCAUCCUGGAACUGAGAAGCUUCGUCAGUAGAUCAGAGGGCAGAAGGGAGGACAGCGCAAGGCAAGCACAGCCACAUUAUAAAGGGACAGGUGGUUGAGGAGUAUUGGGUGUCAGAUGAGGCCUGCAAAGGUUUUGGAGGGAUCAGUAUGGACCUACCUACACAGCCCUGCAGUGAACAAGACGGAGGAUCAUCUUCUCUGUUCUUCUGCUGAGGGCAAUCCACACAAGAGGAUGUUCCACUGCGCUAAUCACCUCUUCAGUCAGACGUCCAUUGAUGCAACAAAGACUUAUCAUGAACAUAGCAGUUGGUGCAUGUUGGAUUUCUGUUGAUCCCCUCAAAAAACUAUAACGAUAACAGAAUUCAUGUGCGUAGAAAUAAAUUAUUGACAAAGAGUACAGAUUCAGUCACAAGUUUCAUUUGGGAUUAAAUCAACCUCCUGUCAUUAA